AUGCGACACGAUGAACUCGUCUGGCUCGGUAUGGUACCAAGCAAUUUGCACCAUGUCGUACAAAAGUCCAAUAUGGUGAAACUUGCGCAACGAGUUGAAGCGGUGAGACGAGUGACUCAGAACAUUUAUGAACAGGAAUAUCAAGAUGCAAUUAUUCGUUUGAAAGAGAAAGUCAGAGAGACCGAAGGCCCGGACAUGCGUGAAGCUAUGCAAGAUCAAAUACGACAAUGGUUUGUUGAAUGUCGGGACGCAACUGGACGAUUUCCGGAUUAUCCAGAAGAAAAUGAGGGUGGUUCGGCUGCUAUUUUCAAAGAAAAAACACCUGAAGAACUCGAGCGUGAACUCAAAGAAAAGGUUAGCCAGUUGUGUAAUCUUCCCUGGAGCAGAGUACUACGUUAA